AUGAAGGCCAGAACUGUUUUAGCUGAUAAUCAGGAUAAUCUUGAACCAUCAACACUACACAGAAUUUACAGUGUAAUGUUUUUCAUAUUUUAUAGCUCCAAAAGAGAAUUUUAUGCUACUAUGGUCAAGAAUAUGGUAAACAAAUUCCCACUUGACAAUGAAUUGCUAAAUGGCAUUUCAAUUGUACACCCUGGAAAUAGAGAAGCCUCUUCAUUUGAAAAUGUGGCCAAGAUUAAUAAGAGAUUCAAUAUUGUGCAAAAUGUUGAUCAGCUACAAGAGGAAUUGGUAAAUCUUCAACUGACAGACAAUGAAGAUAUUCCACAUUUUGAACUUGAUAAAUUAGAUCAAUUUUAG